UCACAGUGUGUGUACUGCAGCAUUUGCAAUUUUAUACAAUUUUUUUAAAAUAAAUAUUAAAGAAAGGUAACCUUAAAUACUGCAUUCCUGUUCGGCGGAAUACGAAAAGCAUCCGCAAUCAGUUAUGCAGGAUCCUAAUCAGGAUACUGAGUGGAAUGAUGUGCUCCGUGCCAAAGGAAUUCUUCCUCCCAAACAGAAAGAGGCUGAAAUUACUGAGGAACAAAUUCAAGCUAUGGUCGACGAUGCAAUAAAUAAGCGUACAGACUUAAAUGACGGCUCCAAGCAAAUUGACGACAUGACAUUGGAUGAGUUGGAUGAACUGGAGGACUCGGAAGACGAAGAAGUACUGCAAGAAUACCGUAAGCGUCGCAUUGCGGAAAUGAGAGCUUUGGCAAGCAAGGCGAAAUUCGGCACGGUUCGUGAGAUUUCUGGGCAGGACUAUGUAAGUGAAGUGACGAAAGCAGGAGAUGGUAUUUGGGUUGUGUUACAUCUAUAUGCUAAUGGUGUGCCACUCUGCGCUAUAAUACACCACCAUAUGCAACAGCUAGCUGCACGAUUUCCACAAACGAAAUUUCUGCGUUCUAUUGCUACUACGUGUAUACCUAAUUUUCCAGAAAAAAAUCUGCCAACAAUAUUCAUUUAUCAUGAAGGCCAAUUAAAAAAACAAUAUAUUGGGUCCUUGGAAUUGCGUGGUGAAAAACUUACACUUGAUGAGUUAGAAUUUUUAAUGGGUCAAGCUGGAGCGAUUACGACAGAUAUAAAAGAGGAUCCACGGCCUCAAAUUCGUGAUAAAAUGCUUGCUGAUUUAGAAAACCAAAAUAUUGAUUUUUACUAAAUAGGAAUAGUAUAUAUAUUAUAUUUUUGUAUUAAUCCAAAAUAACUUAAAUGGAAAAUAUAUGUAUAAUCAAAAAAUAAAAUUAUAUAGUAAAAUUCAGCAGUUAUAUUUAAAGGAGGCAUUGAAACCUUA